AUGGCCUCCGAACCUUCCGAAGAAGCCAUCGCCGAGUUCAUCAGUUUCACUAGCGCGACGCGCCCACAGGCGCUGACUUUGCGCUUUUUCGAGAUGCAGGCACAUGAUGGUAGCUCACAAAAAGCUAUCAACGCGUUCUUUGAAGACCCGACGGGCCCUCAUCUAUCAAAUACAUCGAGUUGGCAAAACGAAAGUGAACUGACACCGUUUGGAUUCGGCGACCAAGAACAAGGCCCACGAAUGCCCGCCACCGCCCCUCCCACACGCCCGCCGUCAAGGGUAAACAUGCACGAUACAACCAAAGGUCCCGGUGAUGAAGGACAAUCUGCGACCAACGCGUCGGGGCAAUCAGCAACAACUUUGAAUCGACAAGAAGUGAGGAGUCUAGCAGACCGCGAGCAGCAAGAAUUACAACAGGCAGUGGCCAUGUCCCUCAACCAGGGCAUGGGAACACAAGAAACAGGAGUUACGGCAGCCGCCUCGAACAGCCCGCCUCACUUCGGAAAAGCCACGCGUGAUCAUUACGACCAAGGUGCCUGGGCUAUGACUCUGUUCAACGAAUCAUCCCAAGAAGUUAUCAACGGCCCAGACCCGGAGGACCGCAAGAAAGUAGCCGGCCAGCCGGCAUUCAUCCGACCGACGCAGAGCAAUCUUUAUCUAGGGGGAUUUCUCACCAUUCUCCACGAAAUUCCUCAGGCGCGGGAAGCAUUAUUGCUGAGGAACAAACUCCUUUUCGACUAUGGACAAGAUGCACAUUGGUGGAACGGACAACCAAUCAACUUGCCGAAGAUCGUCACUGUCCACGAAGGAAGUGAAGAUAGUGACUGGGAAGACACUAUCCAUGAAACCCAACGGCUUAUGGCUUUCCUAGAUUCUACACAACGCGCUUUUGGAAGUAGCGAUGCACUCGCCGGUCUCAAACAAAUGAACUGGUACUCUUCAGACUCAGAAGAGAUAGUGGCACGGUUCCUCGAGACAUGGCAUUCUGCAGCAAUUCGAGCAGACCCCAAUAACCCACUGGUCACAUCUUUCAUGUCACAUGCAUACAAAAGAUCCCCCUUUGAUGACGGCGACGAACCGAUCUCAAAAGAGCUCUUUGUCUUUGAGCCUGUUGUUGAGCAGGAGCAUGGACAAACUCUCUACGAUGUUUUAGACACGGCCAUCUGGAGUGACAAACCUGGGGAAGAUCUCGACGAUGUAUGGCUUGAGCACGUUGGAGAUAUUCUAGUCAUGAAACUUGAUUCAUUUGAGCACGCAAAGUCAGUGGACGUGACAGUCCCUGCCGUGUUUUAUCCCGACCGUUAUUUGAGCACUUGCCAAGACCUCACGCGAGAAUUACGCACUCAAAGGCUUCAGGCCCAGGAAGUCGUAUCCAAAAUUGAAGAACGGAUCAAGCAUUAUACUACCGUACCGAACAACGAUGUUGGCAGUCUCACAAGAAAAAAAGUCCUUGAAAAGGCUGCUGAUGCGAUACCUGUCGCCUUAAAGGCAGCCCUCAAUGGUCCCCCGGAUGACCCGGCAACCAAGGCGGCACGGGAGAGAGCAGAGGGGAUGCAGCAAGAGCUGCGAAGGAUCGCUACAAGGAUAGGCGAGAAGCUUCAAGGGCUCGAGAUUCGCAAGCAGAACGCACUAGAAGCCAUGCAUAAAUACUCCAGAAUGCUCACAGAACCAUCGGAAGAUCCAUCUCAGCCGCCUUCACACAAAUACACACUCCGUGGUGUUUGCACCGAACCGCAUGUAACUUACGUUCUGAAGCGCCACGGGGCUGAUGACCAGAGAGAUGCCAUGCAUACUGAUGGAGAAGAGGAUGGGUUCCAAUGGUGGCGUAUCAGCUUUUCCGCCGAGGAUGGCAAGGCUCAACAAUCCGAGAAGAGAGAAGCCCAGGGCGACAAGACAACUGCAUCGGAUGGCGAUGUCAUGGGCUACACUACUCGAAAAGUAACGGAGACUGAAGUCCUUCAAGCCGCCCGGGAGGAAUGGAGAUCAGUCCUGCUGGUCUAUGCCAGUGACGCAGCUCUUCAAAUCAACACAGACCCGGCACCUUUGCAGCUCCAGGCUUUUGUGAGCAAAGAUAAUGACGCAUUUGCGGCCGAAUGCACCCAAGCUACUACCAAUGCAGACAAUAAGAACUCUGAGUGGAAUCCAGCUUGGAGCCCAAAGACUGUUGAAAAGCAGACAGCAGCAUCAUCUGCGUCGCAGCAGGAUCGGGCCGUGGAUGUAUUUGCUUUUCAAGUACAAGACUUCGAUAGCGAGAAAAGUGCUGGGCAGGAGAUGCAAGAGAAAGUAGGAUCAAGCUCUUUAGCAAAAGGAACGGGACCAGAGAACGUGAGCCAAUCCUUGUCUCAAGCCUUCGAUGACAAUGAGGCGUGGAACCCGGUAGAGAGCGACGACAAUAUGGUCGACCACGUCGAGCACUCUCCCGCCAACUGA